UCCCGUUGAGCAAGUCCGAAUGGCUGAUCGAGAUGCCGAACUUGAACAGGUCGCGCAGCCAGCCUUUGAUCCAGAGAGUUCCGGAUCUCCUCCGCAAGAAUAAGAAGCACGCGGAGAUGUUCGACCCGGUGGUUGUCGCCAUCGGCCCCUACCACCACGACAAGGCCCAUCUGGCCAUGGAGUAUCACAAGAAGGUGGCCGCCGCUGCGUUCGCGACACUGGACACAGGGGCAUUCUACGAUAAGGUCAUUGAAAUUGUUGGAAAAUGCAGGGACUGCUACGACGACCGCAUGCUCCCGACGAUGAGCGACGAGAAAUUUGCGAGCAUGCUGUUCUUCGACGGUUGCUUUGUACUACAAUUCAUCGAUCAGUUCGUGAAGAACAAGCUGGAGGAUUUCACGGUGAGCACGCACCUGCAAGGGUUCGUAUUGCGGGACAUAUUCUUGCUGGAGAACCAGCUCCCGUACCUCCUCCUUGAGAAGUUGAUGGAGUUGAAGAGCGUGGACAUCGACAGGUUCCUGGAUCACGUUGCGGACACGCAAGGCCAGUGGCAGAAGAUGGAGAAAGAAAACAGCAGUAAGAGCAUCGACGGCCCGCACCGGCACCUCCUGGCGCGGCUGCGGAUGCGGCAGCUGGGGCCGGGGGACCAGACCCCGCAGCUGGGGUGGGGGAGCAGCUGGCAGUCGUUCCGGUCGGCCAAGGAGCUAAUCGAGAGCGGCAUCAAGCUCCGGUGGGGGAAGACCAGCUUCCUCCACGAUGUCAAGUUCACGCCGUGCCUUGUCUGGGCGGAGCUGUCGCUGCCGCGGAUCGUCGUCGACGACCUGACGCGAUCGCGGCUGCUGAACAUGAUCGCGCUGGAGAUGUGCAGCGGCGCAGGCGGCGAUUACGGGAUCACGUCGUUCGUGUGGUUUCUGGAUCUGCUGAUCGACCACGCCGACGACGUUAAGGAGCUGCGCCAGGCAAGGGUGCUGCUGAACGCGCUGGGGAGCGAUGAGCAGGUGGCGGAGCUGUUCAACGAGAUCGCGACGGACCUCGUGCCGGACCAGCAGGCCUACGGCGGCGUGAUGAACAACAUCAACGCGUACUACGGGAACACGGUGAGGGUUUCGAUCUACAGGAUGGUGCACACGCACUUUGGCAGCCCGUGGUCGGCCAUCGCCUUCCUUGCGGCGUUCGUGCUUCUGGUGCUCACCGUGGUGCAGACCAUCUUCUCAGUGAUACAGACUCACUACACAGUCCACCCACCUUCCAAGUAGCAAAUUAUAUAUAGGGUGGGAGGGGGCUGAGG